UGAUUGAUUCACAGUGUUGAUGAUGAUCCCUUCUUUAAUCCUCCGAAAGGCUCGCGAGUGAGAGAGGAGACAUGGCGGGGUGUGUGAACUAUAUUUCUCCGCACGUGACUCGAUGCUCGCCACGUGCCUCUCUAUCCCUCUCCUUUUCCGGAGAUUCCGUGCAUUCUCUUUUCCGACGAUCUCCGUCGAUCACCGCCCCUAGAUUUCAGGUCGUUGUGGCGGCUGAAAAAGCGGAGCCGCCGCCGUCGCCUCUGAAAAUAAUGAUAUCAGGAGCUCCUGCUUCGGGUAAAGGUACACAAUGCGAGCUCAUCACUCAGAAAUAUGGUUUGGUGCAUAUCUCUGCUGGGGAUUUGCUGAGAGCUGAAAUCGCUUCUGGGAGUGAGAAUGGAAGACUGGCAAAAGAACACAUGGAGAAAGGACAAUUGGUCCCUAAUGAAAUAGUUGUAAUGAUGGUCAAAGAUCGUUUAUCACAGACGGAUGCUGAGCAAAACGGAUGGCUUUUGGAUGGAUAUCCUAGGAGCUCGUCGCAGGCUACAGCUCUUCAGGGAUUUGGAUUCCACCCUGAUCUAUUCAUUGUCCUCGAAGUACCUGAAGAUAUUCUAGUUGAAAGAGUUGUUGGGCGUAGACUGGAUCCUGUCACGGGAAAGAUCUACCACUUGAAGUAUUCUCCUCCAGAGACAGAAGAGAUCGCUGCUAGACUCACCCAACGUUUUGAUGAUACCGAAGAGAAGGUAAAACUGCGGCUGAAGACUCAUAACCAUAAUGUGAGCGAUGUCCUUUCUCUGUACGACGAUAUAACUAUAAAGAUAAAAGGAAACCGUCCGAAGGAGGAAGUGUUUACCCAGAUCGAUACUGCUCUAUCUGAAAUGCUUCAACAGAGGAACACCGAUCCAAGUUCACUUUUAAGUUGAAUCAUUCUUGGUACGGACCUGAGGAAGUGUUUUGAGCAAAUCAUUACUGCUCUGUCUGAACAGCUUCAACAGAGGGAACACUGCUCCAAGAUUUUAAGCUGAAUGAUUCUUGUCACGGACCUAACCAGCGGUAAAUAUAUUCCCUCUUCACAUUUAUCACAUUCUAUUGAUACCUCUUGUAUCGCAAUAAAGGAUCUGUCUGUUUCCAUCAAGAUGAAUCGAUGGUAUAUGUCUGUAUACCUGAAUCCUCAGAAAUGUGUUCUCUUCUGCUUUAUAUACUGUGGAUUUACUGAAAGUAACUCAUUGUGUUAUCUUGUUGCAAUCAUGAAGAAUGACAUUUGUUUUUUACUGACAUUGACAAUGGUGAUAUAAGAUGUUACAUUAUUUUUCA